AUGAAAGUAAGUGUAAGGACUUUGCUGGUUAUUUUGGGAUUUCUGUGGACAGGGUGUUUAUGUUUACCAGAUGGAUGUGAAGUUAGUAAGUUCAAGUACAGCUCUAUGGUAUUAGUUGACUGUAACAAACUGGGUCUCGUGACGGUGCCUAGUGAUUUACCGGCCAACACUGUACAGUUUAAAAUCUCGUACAACAACAUCAAAAACGUUACGUACCUGCCGGCACUGAAGAACAUGUACAGUCUGGACUUGAGCUUUAAUUCUAUUGAAAGUAUGUCCUGGAUGUCUCUGCGGACUUUGCCAGAUUUAAGCACUCUUGAACUACAAAAGAACCGACUGAAGUAUGUAGAGCUCGACAUCGUGAUAGCGCACCUCCCGAAACUGAAAUUUGUAAAUUUAAGUCUGAACAAACUUGCAUCAUUCUCUCAGUACGCGAUGGGAUGGCCACAGGUGACCACAAUAGUCAUCUACAAGAACCCAUUUCACUGUGACUGUGACCUGUCCUGGCUGAUUAUCAAGAUGGCGUGUUUAAAAGCCUGUAAGGGAAAAGAUAGACAGGCUUGUUGUUCUUCAUGUUCAGCCUGUUUUCUUAAUAUGACCCCGAAAGGACGUUUUAACUGCAAAAGUCCGAGUGAUCUGCACGGGCGCCAUUUGUCCACUGUGUCCACCCAGCUGACGGGCUGUGGAACGACCCACCAAGCCGAGACCAGACCUACAGAGCACAGAAAAUGCUCAGUAGGGAUACCGACAAGUGAUUCACCGGUAAUGACCAAUGCAUCUACAACUGGUAAAACUUUGCACGGGAAAGAGGAGAAUAGUCACAAAUACAUCGCUAUUUUCAUUCUUGAAAAGUGUAUAAGCGUGGCUUUUAUUAUCUGCCUUGUACGACUCAUGAUAAAGAAAAAGUUGUGCUACAAUCGCCGAGAAGCCGCAGGCAUUGGUGCAGAUCGCCCUACCAUCCACUCACAUCAGAUCGUGCCACCGAUAGAAAACAAUGUGUACAACGAAACUGUUGCAGAAGGUUCGAAACCCAGACAACCUGUCGCACAUCAAAUUGCAUUACCGAUUGAGAACACCGUGAACCAGUGCACCUCUACACAAGGCAUGGAUGAUGAAGAUUCGGUUCCCCCGGGUGAAAACGAGAGUACACCAUCACCAGAAAACUCAGAAAACCACUCUGCUGUAGAGCUGUAUCACGAAACUAUGGCCGUCUCGGAACAGUGCGUGGAAGUUGACCGUACACAAACUGCAGAGUCUGCCGUGUAUACAUGUACGGAACCAACAGCAAGCUCUACAAACUACAUGUACAACACUUCUGCAGAAGUUGUGAAUCACGGACAUCAUGAUGAUAAUGAGAAUAAUAAACGAAUGGAGUAG